UGCAACUACAAGUCCCAUUACGCUCCGCGAAGUCUUGAUCGCCCGGCUUUUGCAGGGAAAGGAGUGGGUGAACAUGGCUGAAGGCACCCGGAUCGGCCCAACGUGCCACGGGAUGGGUAGCAGGCAGGACACCGUCUCCAGCAGUGGGAGCUGCAACUUUCCGGAGUACGAGCUUCCCGAGCUAAAUACGCGUGCAUUCUAUGUGGGCGCUUUCGGGGAGCUGUGGCGUGGCCGGUUGCGCGGAGAAGGGGACUUGUCGCUGAAGGAGCCGCAAGCAUCCGCGCUGCCAGGGAGCCAAGGGGUCGCCGAGUGGGGCCAGGAGGAUGCUGCGGUGGCCCGGGAUCUGGGCUGCAGCUUGGAAGCGGCAGCAGAGCUGCGGACCGUGUGCGGCCUUGAUAAAUUAAAGUGCCUUGAGGAGGGUGAGGACCCAGAAGUCAUCCCAGAGGACACCGACCUAGUGACUUUGGGGGUUAGAAAGAGGCUUCUGGAACAGCGGGAAGAAACCAUAACGAUAGAUCGGGUUUGCAGGCAAGAAACCUUUGCUUACGAGAUGGAGUCACAUGCCAUAGGAAAAAAGCCUGAAAACCCAGCAGACAUGGUUGAAGAAGGGGAGCUUAUCCUAUCUGUGAAUAUCUUGUACCCCGUUAUAUUUCAUAAGCACAAAGAACACAAACCAUACCAGACAAUGCUGGUAUUGGGCAGUCAAAAGCUCACGGAACUGAGGGAUUCAAUUUGUUGUGUCAGUGACCUCCAGAUUGGUGGCGAAUUCAGCAACACUCCUGAUCAAGCUCCUGAGCACAUAAGCAAAGACCUGUACAAAUCAGCCUUCUUUUAUUUUGAAGGAACAUUUUAUAAUGAUAAGAGAUACCCUGAGUGCAGAGAUUUGAGCAGAACUAUCAUUGAGUGGUCAGAGUCCCAUGAUAGAGGCUAUGGAAAAUUUCAGACCGCUAAAAUGGAAGAUUUUACCUUCAAUGACUUGUAUAUUAAACUGGGUUUUCCUUACUUAUAUUGUCACCAGGGAGACUGUGAGCAUGUUGUCGUCAUCACUGACAUAAGGCUUGUGCAUCGUGAUGACUGCUUGGAUAGGACCCUUUAUCCCCUUCUUAUCAAGAAGCAUUGGUUAUGGACCAGAAAAUGUUUUGUUUGUAAAAUGUACACAGCCAGAUGGGUGACGAACAAUGACAGUUUUGCACCAGAGGACCCAUGUUUCUUUUGUGAUGUUUGCUUUCGGAUGCUCCACUAUGAUUCAGAAGGCAACAAACUGGGAGAAUUCCUUGCUUAUCCUUAUGUUGAUCCUGGAACCUUUAAUUAAUAACAAAAGUACACCCUUGUGAAGUAACUACCCUGUGGAUGGUUACUUUAUUUCCAAAACAUGUCACUGAGGAACAGGAUCCACCCGAAACAAUCAGCCAGUUACCCACCCCCCUGCACAAGUUCAGAUCACAGGUUUUCUUACAAAGUAACUUGUGUUUAGAAAUACUUUAGUAUUUAUUCUAAAAUAUGGUUAUUAUUUAGUGCCUCUGCCCAUUAAGUGUGUUUAUCUAAGUUGUAGGAGUACUUCAUAUAUUUUGAAUACAAAUCCUUUGUCAGAUUCAAGUGUUCUGAUUUUUGCCCAGUCUGUGGCUUGUCUAUUCAUUCUGUGUCCAGAGUGGUUUUUGCUAAUCUGUAAUUAGAAAAAUUCAGUUAAUGAUACAUCAAGUGGUGGGAGUAUUUUGAAAAUUCUUUGAAGAGUGCGAGAGCUACACCUUGUGCAGAGCUACACCUUGUACCGUGAGGCUUCCAAGGUAAACAUCAUUCAAUUAUCUGUAAUAAAAAUGAGGAACAAGAAUAAAAGUAGAUUUGACAAAUAACAGCAUUAAGAAUAGCUAUUGUGUAAUCUGUUCUCACAGUGGGUUCGUUUAUAGUGUUUUGUUAGAAACUAGUAGGCACACUAAACAUUUUAGUGAGACUCACUGCAUGAAUAAUGAAUGUGAAAGGAUCCCGAGUAUAUAUUCCUACCUUCACAAAAGUAACCUUUAAAUUGAAGAUUGAUUUCUUGGGCAAGAAUUUCUUCAGUUUAAUGUUAAGAAAAUAGAUUUUGAGGCACCUGGCUGGCUCAGCUGGUACAGCAUGCAACUCCUGAUCUCAGGUUAGAAGUUCAAGCCCCACGUUGGGUAUAGAGGUUACUUAAAAAUAAAAUCUUAAGAAUAGAGGAUUUUAUGUACUAUGACCACUGGGACAUGGGUGGGACAUGGGAAGUCAAGAUCCUGUGGAUUGCUAGGAUCACUCAUUCUUGGGCAAUAAUACCCAAUAUUCUAUCAGAAUCAGUUGGACCAGAGGUUUUGUGGUCCAGCUCUUUCAUUUUUCUGGCCCCCUCACUCGGAUAAUCCUACUUCUUCUCUUUCAUUCUGGUCCAGAGGACACCUUUGAUGAAUUCCAAGAUCUAGGUCAUUAGAGAAAAUUGUAGUUAUCUAGUUGUCUAUAUUGAAAUGUUUUCUGGAAACUUUUGGUGGAAAGUUUAAGACUUCUAAGAAUGCUGUAAAAUUGUUCCUUUUAAACGUGUCAUAAAUUCUGCUCUCUUUCUUCUAGGUUAUUCAUUUAAAGUCAAUUGAGUUCCACAUUCCCUGGAUGGUUAGGAGCAGACAUUUACCAUACAAGUCAAAACUGAUGAAUCCUUUAAGCCUGUAUGUUUAAAAGAUUGGCAGUGAAAUGUUUUGUGGACUUAAGUACCACAUACCCAAUUAAGUCCAUUGCUGUACAGAGGACACGCACCUGUUUCUGGUAUGUGUAGUGACCGUCUCUUUCACUCAUUCAGUGAGUACACCACCAGAGGAUCAGUAUAAAGAACUAAGAGAUCCCUCCCGCCCUUGCCUGGCUUCAGUUGCUGCCUAAAUGUUUACUUUCAUGUUUCCAAUGAUGCUAAUAAAUUCAACAGAUUGAAAAUUC